UUCAUAACAUCAAACAUCUAAGAAUCUUUCUUUCUUAAAAUGGCAAGUUCUAUAAUUCCAUGGGAAAUUCUUGAUCUUGUAUCCAAUAUUCUUGACCCUAAAACUUUAGCCUUAGCUUCAUGUGUAUCAAAAACAUGGUGCACCACCAUGUCAUCCGACCACCUUUGGGAACAACCAUGCACCACCACCUUUCCUUCCCUCUCCCACCUCCGUACAACCACCGUUCCACCACUCCCUUACAACCGCCUUUUCGGAAUCGGUCACACCGCCACCAAACGCCGCCAACAAGCACCAUCAAACCCAAAAAUCACUCUAGAAAACCUCAUUUUCAUCAUAACAAUAAACAACUCAAACUCACCACCUAUAACCAUCAUAAAGCCCGGAAGCAGUCUCUCACUUGACCCAAAAUCUCUGUUUCGGUUCGAUAUCGAUGUUCGGGACCACGAAAAAUGGCUAAAGUUUGAAGUAUUAGAUGAAACGAAGGUGACAUGGAAUGUGGUUUCAAAAGGGUAUGAAAGUGUUUUCACAAUGAUGAAUUGUAAAGGGAAAGGAAGCUUUGUAUCGGGUAGUGAUGGGUGGUUUUCGGCGGAGUUGCCGGCGGCAGGGUGUUGUUGUGCGGCGAGUUGUGGUGGGUCUAGUGGUAUGAUGGCGGAUAUGAAGCUGGUGAUGAGGGAAGAAGGGAAGAAAAUGGUGGUUGAAAGGAUUAGUGUGGGAGUGAUGAGUAUUUUGAGUUGGAGAUAUGUUUGUGUUGAUGAUGGGCUUAGAUACUUGCAACAUUUUCUUCAACCUUGUAAUAGUAGUAAUAGUUUGUGAUAUGUAUGUAUAUAUAG